UCCUGCCUCAAGCAUUUUGCUGGUUUGUGACAAAGUGGUUUAGUUUGUGUUCACCAUCUGUCCCUUAUUCUUAUUUCUGAUUCAUUUACUUGUUGUAGAUGGCCAUAUUGCUUAAAUUUAAACAUUAGUUUGCAGCUCUGCUCCACUUACUAUCCCGGGUUUGUUUGUGUUAGCAUUAGGUUGCAGUUUCCAUCUAUAUGUUUAGGUUAAAGCUACUCCUGGAUUAUUGGUUGAAUUUGUUUAUUUGGUUUCAAAGUAUAUUUAUAUUUGUUUUCCUUUUUACUCACCAUUGUUUGUCCUUGUAGAUCUGCAGGAGUAUGGGAGGGGCCGGCCCAGUACUUCCUGCUUAAGUGACUGAGUGAUGUCACUGAUUGUCUGGCUGGGUUCUACCAAUUAGAGGGUUUCUUUAGGAGUAUUGCUUUGUUUUUCUUUAAAGUAACUUGACUUCUUUGGUAUUACCUGGUUUAUUUUUCAGAUCAUUUUAUUAUACAGAGGAGUUUGUAAAUCAGAUUAAUAAUUGUAUUUUUGUUUUUCUGUUUAGUUUUCAUGUGUUUUUUUUUCCUUUUUCCCUGUUUAAUUGUGGUUUGGUCCACUCAAGUGCAGGUGUGUUUCUGCUUGAUUAUAAAACAGAGCUGUUGGAAGCUCAGAGGAGGGAGGAGUGUUCUGAAUCCUGUUGAAAAUAAAAAGUCAUCAGAAGCUGGAAUUGUUGACUAAGGCUGUUUCUUCGGUUCACCUUGCUGACCCUUGACCUCACUACCUUCACAAAUGGUGGCAGCGGCGGCGGUUCCAGGCCGAUAGGUGACAACAAUGCAGAAAUCAGCCAAGUCAAAGAGACAUCAGGGGCCAAUGGAGGGUUCCACAGAAGAGGCCCAAGCUGAGGAAAACCUGCCAGAAGCUUCUGGUGAGCAGCGCCCUGAUGCAAAGUCUUUUUCUGAACUCUCAGCUUUAUUGCAAGGUCUGAUGCAGCAGCAUGCUGACCAGGAAGAAAAACAGGAGCAGGACAGACAACGCCAAGAUGAACGGUGGAGGAAGAUGCAACACCAGUUCAGUCAACUUCAGCAGGAGGUCCAAAUGGAACGCCGAGAGCAUCUGAUGCAGCUGGAGGGUGCUGUAGCUGAUCCUGACACACUUCCUGGGCCUGCAGUAAGACCAAAGGUGCCACAACUAGUGCAACAGAGAGGAAGCCUUCCCAGCACAGCUGAGGAACCACAAGCAUCCAAUCUGACGCUAACCAGUUGGAAAGGCCCAAAGAUGCAGCCCUAUGGUGAGGAUGAAGAUAUUGAACAUUAUCUAACAAUGUUUGAAAGAAUUGCAACUGGAUGUCAGUGGGCAAGAAUAGAAUGGGCCCUGCAUCUGGCACCACUUCUCAGUGGUAAAGCAAGAGCUGCUUAUGUAGCUAUGGACGUUGAUGACAUAAUGGACUAUGACAAAGUAAAAACUGCUGUGUUGGAAAAGUUUGAAAUAAGUUCUGAGACUUACAGAGCGAGGUUCCGGACCACGACGGUGAAGGAGGACGAGACACCCAAAGAGCUACGAACACGCCUUAAAGACCUGUAUGAAAAGUGGAUGAAUCCAAAGAAGAAGACAAGAGAGCAAAUUGGAGAUGCCGUGGUGCUGGAGCAGUUUCUGAGAGUCCUCAGCCCGGAUCUUCGAACCUGGGUGAAAGAGCGGAACCCCUCUACUUCGAAAGAGGCUGCAGAGAUGGCAGAGGCUUUCCUUGCAGCUCGUCGCCCACAAAAAGGGUAUAUGACUUUGAGACCCAGUUUACCUCCUUUUGUGCUGGGUAAGUCAGGGGGAGGGAAUGAACACAGACCUAAAUAUCCCAAAGAAAGUUCCCCAAUUAGUGGCAAUAAUCGGUUUAGGGAAUUUAAACAGAGAGGUCCUUUGGUUUGUCACUCGUGUGGUCAAACUGGUCAUUUCAAGGCUGAGUGCCCAGGUCAGCAAGUCAGUAAAACUUGUAUGUGUUUGUCACCAGAGUGUUUUGAUUUGUUAAAGGAAGAAUAUGAGUCUGUAGUACCCUCUAGUGCUCAGGAACACACAAUCUGUGUUUUUGUUGAGGGAAAGCCUUGUGUCGCCCUACUAGAUUCAGGCAGUAGCCGCACCCUUAUUAGGCAAGAUUGUCUUCCCAGAGACACCACAUUUUGUGGUAAGGUUAAACUGAGGUGUAUUCAUGGUAGUGAUGUCGUUUACCCCAUAACCAAUGUUAUCCUUCAAGUUCAGGAACAGAAGCAUGUUAUUACAGUAGGAGUGAUGGAAAAACUUCCUUAUCAAGUUGUAUUAGGUCGGGAUAUGCCAAUCCUGGGGGACCUGUUAGCAAAGAGAGACAAAUAUCUAGAUAUUUCAGGUGAAGGUCUGCUAGCCAUCACUAGGUCUAGCUCUAAAAGGUCUCAGUCAGAGCUGGGUUUGAGUGAGUUACCUUUUGCUAAUGCAGAAGUUCCUGGUGAGGACAGUUUAAGAAAGCACUUCCCAAGAAAAAGCAAAAUGCAGAAGAGACAAGAUAAAGUAAAGGGGACAAAACUUGCAGAGUUAUGUUCGGAACCAGAGAUCGAUGAGCUACAGGUGGUUCCAAGCAAUAUUGUUCAACUUCAAAGGCAGGACCCCUCUCUAGCACCUCUGUUUGCUAAGUGUUCCCAAGAAUCAACACCGAUUACAGAAGGAGUUCGGGAAGUUUUCAUUGUAAAGAAUGAACGCCUGUAUCGUCGUAGCAAAGUGGGUGACCAGUUAGUAGUUCCCACAAGCUUAAGGCCAAUAGUUUUACAGUUGGCCCAUUCAGUUCCUUGGGCGGGUCAUUUAGGAUAUGUGAAAACAUUCUCCAGAAUGUCUAAUCGUUUUUUUUGGCCUCAACAGUUUUCAGAUACUGUUCAACACUGCAAAUCAUGUCCACAGUGUCAGUUGACAGCUCCGAGUAGGAAAGGUGACAGAGCACCACUUAUUCCUAUGCCUAUAAUAGACACCCCCUUCUCUCGUAUCGCCAUGGACAUUGUCGGGCCAUUGGAGAGAAGUAGCUCAGGACAUAGAUACAUUCUAGUUGUGUGUGACUAUGCAACAAGGUACCCCGAAGCUUUCCCAUUAAGAAAGAUUAAAGCCCGUCAGAUAGCCAAUUGUCUGAUACAGAUGUUUUCAAGGGUAGGUAUUCCCAGAGAGAUUCUUACAGACCAAGGAGCAAAUUUCACGUCCAACUUAUUGAAGGAAGUUUAUAAACUUUUAGGAAUUAGUGGAAUCAAAACAAGUCCCUACCAUCCUCAGACCGAUGGGCUUGUGGAACGGUUUAAUAAAACUCUGAAGUCCAUGUUGAGGAAGUUUGUUAAGGAUUCAGGGAAAGACUGGGAGCAGUGGUUGCCGUUUUUGCUUUUCGCUUAUAGAGAGGUACCUCAAGCGUCUACUGGGUUUUCCCCGUUUCAACUCUUGUAUGGUCAUAAUGUCAGGGGUCCACUAGAUGUCCUCAAAGAGGCCUGGGAGGGGGCUGAACCUGAAAAACAGUGUACAUCACUUUCAUAUGUGUUGAAAAUGAGGGACAAGCUUGAACAGUUUCAGGAACUGGCUCAUAGACACUUAAUAGAAGCUCAGCAGCGCCAAAAGCAGAACUAUGAUAAAACAGCUCGUAGGAGGACCUUUAAAGAAGGACAAAAAGUGUUGCUUCUUUUGCCAACUUCUGAAAGUAGCCUCUUAGCCAAGUGGCAGGGGCCUUUUGUCAUAACCAGGAAAGUAGGUCCCGUUACUUAUGAGCUCAACCUGCCAGAUCGUCGCAGAAAACAGCAAGUUUUUCAUGUCAACAUGUUGAAAGAGUGGAUUGACCGUCCAGUUCCAUCGAUGCAGUUGUGGGCUCGUGCUGUAAUCGAUGAAGGGGAGCUUCAAGAGCAAUUCUUUCCAUCUAACUUUGGGGAACAGCUUUUGCCAGAUAUAAGUCAUCUAUCUCCAGAGCGACAAGAGGAACUGCUGGCUAUGUUGCCAAGGGAACUUUUCAGUACAAAGCCAGGCUACACUCUUCUCAUUAAGCAUGACAUACGACUUUGCAGUCCCACUCAACCACCUAUCAGGGAUACAACCUCCAGGGUUCCAGCAAAGCUCAUGCCUGCACUGAAACAGGAGGUGGAAGAAAUGCUGGCUAUGGGGAUCAUAGAACCUUCCAAGGGUGAGUGGUGCAGUCCUGUGGUACUUGUUCCCAAGAAAAAUGACUCAAAACAGAGAUUUUGUGUUGAUUUUUCAAAACUUAAUGCUGUCUCUGUUUUUGACGCGUAUCCAAUGCCAAGAGUUGAUGAACUUAUUGAACAUUUGGGGAAUGCUAAGUACCUUACAACACUUGACCUCUGUAAAGGUUAUUGGCAAGUUCCACUAACUGAGUCUUCAAUGGAUUUAACUACUUUCAGGGUUCCUAGUGGACUUUAUCGUUUCAGAACUAUGCCUUUCGGACUUCAUGGAGCUCCAGCUACAUUCCAGAGGUUGAUGGACUUGGUUUUAAAGGGAGCGGAUGGCUAUGCAGCAGCAUACAUCGAUGACAUUGUGGUGUUCAGUGAGACUUGGAAGGAUCACGUGAAGCAUCUGACAGAUGUCCUACAAAGAAUCAAAUCGGCUGGAUUAGUCAUCAACCCUGGAAAGUGUCACAUUGCAAAGACGGAGGUUGAAUACUUGGGUUACGUCAUUGGGGGUGGGGUUAUCCGCCCUCAGGUGAGUAAGGUUGAUAACCUUGCUGCUUGUCCUCCUCCUACAACUAAGAAGAAGUUGAGAUCUUUUCUAGGUUUAGCUGGCUGGUAUCGUCGGUUUAUUCCCAACUUUUCCACCAGAUCAGCCAUUCUUAGUGACUUAACACGGAAAUCUUGCCCCAACAAGAUUCAAUGGACUCCAGAGUUGUCCAGAUUUUUCACGCCCAUUUACAGUGCAGACUGA